AUGGAAGGGAAGAGAGAAGAGAUAAGGAAAGGCCCGUGGAAGGCAGAGGAAGAUGAAGUUCUGAUCAACCAUGUCAACAAAUACGGACCCAGAGACUGGAGCUCCAUUCGAUCCAAAGGUCUACUUCAGCGAACCGGCAAGUCUUGUCGUCUUCGUUGGGUCAACAAACUCAGACCUAAUUUGAAAAAUGGGUGCAAGUUUUCAGCGGAGGAGGAGAGGGUGGUGAUAGAUUUGCAAGCACAGUUUGGAAACAAAUGGGCAAGGAUCGCUACUUAUUUGCCGGGAAGAACCGAUAAUGAUGUGAAGAAUUUCUGGAGCAGUAGACAGAAGAGAUUGGCAAGGAUUCUCCAUAAUUCUACACCUUCCUCUUCCACUUCUAAAUCACUCAAAAUCAAAAGGGAAAUUCCCACUUUUAGAGGUAAAUUUUUAUACAACAAUUUUUGGGUUCCAAAUUUAAGUUCUUCAAUGGAGGAAGAAUCAUCUUAUUCUUGUAUUGGGAUUCCAGAACCUAUCAGCAUGGUGACAUUACCGGACCUUGUAAACCCUAACCCUAAUCUUGAUGAUGCUGCAGCACUACACCUUAUUGAUCAUCAUCCCACUGAAACAAAUCUCCACAUUCCCACUCCUACUUUCUCACAAGAAAAUCAACGACUGUUGAAUAGACUUGACGAAGAUCCUUACUUUUUUGACGUUGUGCUUGGGCCACUAGAUUCUACUGAGAUUUCUCUGGGGCAGCCAUUUUUCGAACCUGCAAGAAGCUGCAGACAUAUAAUGAGAGAUGAUGAGAAUGCCAACUCGGUAACUCCGGAUUCCUUCUUUGAUGAUUUCCCUGCGGACAUGUUUGAUCAAAUGGAGUCACUUCCGAGUCCAUCUCACACAUCAUGA